CCUGUCCGGCGCUCGACGUUCCACCCCCCUCUCUCUGCUCUCAGGUUGGUUCAGCCCCCGUCUACACUGGGGUGGUGCUUAGCCGGCGCCAGACCGACCCUCGACUUCGGAGAGGCAGCGCGGUGCCUCUGGGUGCUUCCGCCUCCCCUUCUCCAGCUUCUCCAGCGUCCUCGGCCUCGUCGCCCGCCGCGGGAACCCGAGACCCCAGUGUAUGCCCCACCCCUGACCCCGCUCGCGACAUGUCCACCCCGGCUCGGCGGCGCCUCAUGCGGGACUUCAAGAGGUUGCAGGAGGAUCCUCCAGCCGGAGUCAGCGGGGCUCCGUCCGAGAACAACAUAAUGGUGUGGAACGCGGUCAUUUUCGGGCCUGAAGGGACCCCGUUUGAGGAUGGAACAUUUAAACUUACAAUAGAAUUCACUGAAGAAUAUCCAAAUAAACCACCUACAGUUAGAUUUGUCUCUAAGAUGUUCCAUCCAAAUGUCUAUGCAGAUGGUAGUAUAUGUCUGGACAUACUUCAGAACCGUUGGAGUCCAACCUAUGAUGUGUCUUCCAUUCUAACAUCCAUACAGUCUCUAUUGGAUGAACCCAAUCCCAAUAGUCCAGCAAACAGCCAGGCUGCUCAGCUGUACCAGGAGAACAAACGGGAAUAUGAAAAGCGUGUUUCUGCAAUAGUAGAACAAAGCUGGCGUGAUUGUUGACCCUGGGUACAGUUUAAAGAAGAAGCUGGCCAUAAGAAAAAUAUAUAGAUGUGUUUGUCACCUCCCUACUCCUGUCAUUACAUUUACUUUAUUAAAAGCAAAAUAGCUGUU